AUAAUUGAUGAAAAAUCAAUUGAUUUAUAUAAUAAACUGAAAACAUUAUCCGACAAAUAUAAUGCCAGUGCUAUCAAUCAACUAGUGUCCAGUAAUGAACCAUUAGUUUUAUACAAUUAUAACAAUGAAAAUAUACGUCUGUUCAAAAUAUCUACCCGUCCUUUACGGCCAGUCAAUGAUAAUCAUACAGAAUUUAUUGAAUCGCUUGAUCCCUGGGCUGCUGUCGGUGAGGAUGUGAUUAUAGACUACAGUAUUGUCGGUAAUUAUAUUGUAUGGUUACAGUACUCCCUAAACUAUACAGCAGUUAAACUAUAUGCCAAAAUACUUGACCCGUUCAAACCCAGUGCUAUUGGCAGUGUUGAUGAUGAUGAGGUACCGGUGCCUAAAACAUUGCUCAGUAUGAGUGCCGACGAUCGUGUCGACGCACUGGCCGUCGAUUGGAUCAAUCAUUUGGCUUAUCUGCCUGUUUGCGAUAAACCUGGUAAUCGAUUUGGUUUGAUGGCCGUCAACAUAACCGCACCCGCAUAUUGGACUCAACUAACCCGUAAACGACAUAAAUGUUCAACAAUAGUCAAAGAUAUUUUAGUUGAUCCGAACGAUGGACUAGUAUUUUGGACAGAAUUUUCCAUCAGUUUGAAUGUAAUCAUACAAAUCAUGCGACUAUCGCAGGAUAAUACCGAUAUUCUGGUGAUUGGCGAGGACAGGGAUGCCUUACCCAAAUCAUUGACACUGGAUAUUCAUAGUAAACGAUUGUGUUGGCUAAACCGUCUAAAACAACAAAAUAAAGAUAUAACAAUAGUAUUAGUUUGUAUGAAAUAUGAUGGUACCGGCAAACAGGUCUAUACGGGAACAAGUAGUUAUUUGCUAAAUACUAAUCCCUGCAUCAGUGUAAUGAAUGGUAAUAUUUAUUGGUCUAACAAAGUCGACAAUACAAUAAAGUCAAUGAUGGUAGCAAUUGAUGGAUCAAAUCAAACAGCGCUGCCAACAAAUUUGACCAAAAUAUUUGUGUCCAACAUAGCAAACAUAGCCUACUUUAAGAUUAUCUCCCUGAGCCAACAGCCAAACUCUAUGAUUGAUCGCUGUCUGAAUCAUAACUGUUCGCAUAUGUGUGUACCGACAUUCAAUGUGUCCGCUGGUUAUACCUGUUUGUGUUCAUUGGGUCAUUCGUGGACGGGUAGUCAGUGUCUUAAUAAUAGGGACUUACCCAUCAAACGUAAUAUAAGCAUCUAUUGGACAAUUGUUGCGGUUGUAUCAGUGGCUGUCCUACUCAUCUGUAUUGCAUAUAUUACAAUAUAUCACAGAAACAAAAUAUCUCCGAAAUUUACUGCAAAAUUUCGCAAAAAUAAAAUUGAUACCGACAUCAGUUUAGAGGAUAAUUGA